UUCGACAAAGUUAUUCGUGUGGGCCUCAACUUGACUAGAGCUGCAGCAGAGGAGGCUUUCCUGUCCAGUCGGUUCCGAUUGAACGGUAUUAAAUUGCUUAAAAAGAGUGUUCUCGUUUGUCCGGGUGAUAAGUUGGAUCUGGUGAUAUCCGAAGAUGACGGUACUUUGGGGAAACGUGUACGCGUCAUCACUGUGGAAGAACGAAAGCGUGAUUCUUAUCGUGUUUCAUUGCGUUGCUGGAGGUCAAAAUUCACUCGAUUGAAGCUAUUUCUGAUCGCUCGGCCGCCAUUGGCAUUAUUGGCCCUAGUGCUACUCCUAUGUUCACUGGGCCUCCUUAUCCUCGAUGGUCGCAUUCACUUGCACGAUGUGAAAGACCCAGAUGUGGAGAAAGUGAGUUUACGUGCAUUUUUCUUUCGAUCAUCGACCAAUCAGCACUGGAACAAGUUGCUUUUAGAGUUGUCUAAUCUGGAAUUUUGCUUCACUAACUCAAGUUUCGCGAAAACCCUGUCCGAUUCAUAUGCCGCUGCAGAUGUUUUUCCACAGAACUUAGCUCCGUCAUUUCACUCAGAUGGAAAUGAGGACAAUAGUGUCAUUUCACAGUCUGUGGAACAACGGGUUCUACUCUAUCCGACUGAUGUGUUUAAGCCCGGUGUUGGCUAUGUACUGACUGCCAAUAUGCGAGGUCGACAUAUAGUGAUUAAAGGUUAG